AUGGCUAAUAAGAAAGGACAGCAGGAAAUGGUCCAGGUUGUUCGGACCUCAGUGCUGACUCCUCCCCCAAGACGCGCCGAUUCUCCCUUCUGGGCUGGCCGAUCUGCGUCUCUUAACCAGGGACAGUCGAAGACAUAUGGCCAGAACACUGUUGUUGGAGCUUCAUAUUCCCAUGCGAAUAUAGGACAAGGCACCUCGACCCAUGCGCGCCCACGAACCCCACCUCGAACAUCAUCUACAAAUGCCCCAUCCCCGUCAUCCUACCUAGGCCAUCGAACCGGAAACGUCGCGUCCCCGCCCCAUAAAAGCUACACCGGUCUCAUGAAAGAAGGAAUGGAUGGUUGGAGUGGCAAUCCCACCCCGGAGGAGGACGAUGACGAUGACGAUGAAGAAGAAGAUCACAUUGUAUAUGAUGACGACGAAGACGAAUUUGGACUUCCAAGUCUCGCUAGCAUGAGAAAGAAAAAGCCCGCAGCCUCUAAAUCAAAGAACAUCGGCCCGGGUGAGGAACGCGGUACACCCAUGUAUCCCACCUCGCGCAAGAGCGACGAGAAAAUCCUCCGCCCUCAAUACAAGGAUAUCUUGCAAGAUCCGGCAAAUGCUUUGAAUCUUAUCAACCAUUCUGCGCCCCCCACGAAUGCUUCUGUCAAAGACCGGGAGAUACACUCAAGCCGCAUCUCAAGGAUCAACAAGUUCAAGCGCAUUCUCCAGGCCAGCACCGUUUCGCUAAACGAAUUACGGGAUCUCGCGUGGUCUGGAGUUCCAGAGGAAGUGCGCCCAAUGACCUGGCAGUUGCUUCUUGGAUAUCUGCCCACAAACAGUGAAAGGCGAAUUUCGACACUGGAGCGGAAGCGCAAGGAGUACUUGGACGGAGUUCGACAGGCAUUCGAGCGCGGCAGCGGGGCAGCUGCAAACCCGCCUUCCACCAGCACAGGUCGUGGCCGGGGGUUGGAUGAGGCUGUAUGGCACCAGAUCAGCAUCGACGUUCCUCGCACAAGCCCUCACAUCCCACUAUACGGCUAUGAGGCUACACAACGAUCAUUGGAACGGAUUUUGUAUGUGUGGGCUAUCAGACACCCGGCCAGUGGGUAUGUACAAGGAAUCAAUGAUCUGGUCACGCCAUUCUGGCAAGUAUUUCUUGGUGUGUAUAUUACGGAUCUGAAUGUGGGAGAGGGUAUGGACCCUGGACAGCUACCCCGAAGCGUUUUGGAUGCGGUCGAGGCCGAUACUUUUUGGUGUCUGACCAAAUUACUCGAUGGGAUUCAAGAUAAUUACAUCUACGCCCAGCCGGGGAUUCAUCGGCAGGUGAGAGCUCUACGUGAUCUAACGAGGCGGAUCGACUCGGCUUUGGCCAAGCACCUGGAGCAAGAGGGCGUGGAGUUCAUGCAGUUUAGUUUCCGGUGGAUGAAUUGUUUGCUCAUGCGGGAAAUGAGCAUCAGGAAUACCAUACGCAUGUGGGAUACUUACAUGGCCGAGGAGCAGGGCUUCUCCCGAUUUCAUCUUUAUGUUUGUGCUGCGUUUUUGGUCAAAUGGACGGAUCAAUUGGUCAAGAUGGAUUUCCAAGAGGUUAUGAUGUUCCUCCAAGCAUUGCCUACAAAGGACUGGACCGAGAAAGAUAUCGAACUUCUGCUGAGCGAAGCAUUCAUCUGGCAGUCUCUUUUCCAGGACUCAAGUGCACAUCUUCGACCGCAAGGCGAUGUGCCUCCUGAAAAUGGUAUCUUUUAUUGA